AUUCUCAAGGGUAAGAUGGAGUUUGUUUGUGGCCUAUGUGAUGCUGUGUGGUCAUUUGAAGAGGUUUGCAAAAUGGCUCUGCUGACUCCUGCAGAAACAACAUACAUUGAGAGAAGAAUGUUCAAUAGAGUCGCCAAAGAAUACUUUGGUGCCAAAAAAUGUCCCGGCUGUGAGAGUUUAGUGGUGAGAGAGGACCAGAAUCACCUGAGGGUUUGCUGCACAGUGUGCACACGUAACAAAGCAAGGGCUUACGAAUUCUGCUGGCAGUGUUUGAAGAAAUGGACACAUCCAUCUGAACAUGCCGACCACUGUGCAAACCCUGAAUGUGUUAAUCAGCCACUGGAAAUCCUGAGAAAGUGUCCCGAGAUCACCUUAAAGGAUGUUAAGAUGGUGAUCAGCUGUCCCUCUGUCCGUGCCUGUCCCACCUGUGGGUUGCUGAUCGAGCACAGCACAAUUCAAUGCAAAAGCAUCGUCUGUACCCGGUGUGAGAAGAAGUUCUGUUUUGUGUGCUUGAAGCUCUCUGCAGACUGUGAUUCAUAUUACAGUGCUUGCAGCGAUGGUGUCGCCCCAAGACAGACCUCUAUACCAGUAUGGAAGAGGAAAUAAGAUGACGUGUGAAAGAAUUAACAAUGCUGUAGUUUAUUUUUCUGUGGGGGGAUGUAUUACAGCAAUGUAGCAGACUGUCACUUCAGCAUGUACCUUAAGUAGGAAAACUGUCAAUGUUAAACUUGG